UUUAGAGGUUGUUUACUAUUUUUGAUUUUCUGUUACAGCGUCAUGUCUAGCAGGAAGCUCUACGGCGUAAUUUAUGGUAAACUCUACGCUAAUUCCCCGCCUUCACACGCCCAUAGCUGCUGGAUGGCAUCAGCAAGUGAAAUAGGUAAAACAGGAUGGGAGGACUUCCGACAUCUGUUCUUCCACCCAGAUGGUACCCUUUAUGGUGUAUUAAACGACAAGUUUUACAAAGGGCGGCCUCCCUCUGGAAGCUCAUCAGAGGAUUGGAUUGCUAACGCCGAGCUUAUUGGAAAAUCAGGGUGGGAUUCGUUCAAGCUUCUCUUCUUUGAUCCAGAUGGAAUGCUAUAUGGUGUCGAGGGCGACAAGCUUUACAAAGGGGCUCCACCGGCUAAUAGCGACGAUGCCUGGCUUGGAUCGGCUGUCACAGUGCCUCGAAAAAAAGGAUGGGCCAAUUUCAAAUUGCUCUUUUUUGAUCCAAUGGGAUCUCUGUACGGCGUGCAAAAUGACACGUUCUAUAAAUGGAACCCUCCUUCUCCUACAGAUGAGAAGUUGCUAGGAAAGUGCACGACGAUUGGGGGGGUUGGAUGGAAUAACUUUAAACAUCUUUUCUUUAUGGCAGAUGGUGAAUUGUACGGCGUGGAGUAUGACGGAAUUUACAAAGGAUCACCUAAGCGGUUACAGAGCCCACAGUGUUUGGUUGGCCAUAGUGGCUGGUCUGGGUUCAAAUUUCUUAUGUCUCCUCUUCCUCGAAAGUGA